AUGUUUUCAAAGUGUGUUUCCAGAUUCGGUAUAAUAUCUCUCAAGGGAAUAUUUCCUCGAUGGUAUUCGAACUCUCAAAAUGUCGCCAAUUUGGGGCAAAUAACUGAUUAUUUAGUCGACAAAGGUGUUCCGAAUUUGCUACAAAAAAUGUUCGAAGAGUCUGUGUUGGCGGAUAAUAUCAUUUUUAGGCUAUUUCCAACUUCGCAUCCAUAUAUUCCAGUGUUGCAUGGGAAAUCAAAAUACAAGGCUUCUUUGAAUGCAAUGCGAAUGAUAGUACGAAAGUUCAUAUUGGGCGAAGAAUGUCGCUUGCAUAUAAGUUCAGUAAAGACCUUAACUUCGACAUCACUUGACAGAGAAACCAAAAGUACUUCUCAAAAUUAUAAUACUAUAACUUGUAAUGAUAAACUGGUAAUCAAAUGGCAAAGUUGCGUACCAGAGGAUCAUUGCAAAAUUUCCAAAUUAGAGAUUAAUGACAGAUUAAAGGAGAAGAAACGAGGGAAUGGAGAAAAUAGUGCAUUGUCAAUGAGAUCGGUACCGGUCAUAGACUACAUUUUACACCCUACGGCCAAUCAUUUGAACCAAGGUGUGAUUUCUGAAUACAUUGAGAAUGCAGCGGAAAAGUCAGUAGGAAAAAGUUUCAGCACAAGUGAAGAUUCUAAAGUAGAUGAAAACAAGAAAACUGAUGGCGAUAGUAAAGGGAAUAAAAAGAAAAGCUUGUCAAGGUUGAUUAGAGGAACGUUUAUAUUUGAAUUUAAUGAAGAAAAUUCUAAAAUUCUGGUUCAUACCAUUGAAGACGUUGAAUUAAUCCAUUACGAGAAGAAAAUUGCCACUGGAGGUGCCUUUGCAUGUUAA